CUGGGCGGGCAGUGUGCGCGGAGCCCGGAAGGCUGCCGACGCAGCAGGAUUGUCCCUCGGCAACUGCCGUGGUGCGGCCCGGCGCGUUGCCGUGGAGACUGGCUGGGAGAACAGAAGAGGGCUGCAGCGCACUGAGCGGACCGUACUUCCUGGCUAGGAUUGCGGUGGUCCCCGCGCGAUCGCCGGGCGGGUAACCGGUUCUCCAUGGACACAGCCUAGCAGGAAGAUGCAGCCUUCAUGCCUUGUUGGCCGCUGACCUACCGGCCCAAUGACAGCAUCCCCGUGUGCCUUCCCGGUUCAGUUCCGGCAGCCCUCGGUCAGCGGCCUCUCACAGAUCACCAGCAGCCUGUAUAUCAGCAAUGGGGUGGCUGCCAACAACAAGCUCAUGCUCUCCAGCAACCACAUCACCACUGUCAUCAACGUCUCGGUGGAGGUGGUGAACACGGUGUACGAGGACAUCCGCUACGUGCAGGUGCCUGUGGCUGACACACCUGGCUCGCGGCUCUGUGACUUCUUUGACCCCAUUGCAGACCACAUCCACAGCGUGGAGAUGGAGCAGGGCCGCACCCUGCUGCACUGCGCCGCUGGCGUGAGCCGCUCAGCCGCCCUCUGCCUCGCCUACCUCAUGAAGUACCACGCCAUGUCCCUGCUAGAGGCCCACACAUGGACCAAGUCGUGCCGGCCCAUCAUCCGGCCCAACAAUGGCUUUUGGGAGCAGCUCAUCCACUAUGAGUUCCAGCUGUUCGGAAAGAACACAGUGCACAUGGUCAGCUCCCCUGUGGGAGUGAUCCCUGACAUCUAUGAGAAGGAGGUCCGUCUGAUGAUCCCACUGUGAGCCAUCCUGUCAGCCCCUGCGGCGAGGUCAGAUGUACAGAUCUGCCGUUGAUCCUACACCAAGAUCUGCCCUUAAACGGUCUCCCUUUGUUGAUACAGAAAAACCAGACGAUGUCUUUAUACAGGCAAGAAGAAAGGAAGGGUGCUGCAGCUUCUAACCUGAUCAUUCCUAUCGUUAAAGAUUAAACUUACUAAGUGUAAGAUGGUAAAGAGAUGUUUCCUACCCCGUGAGUGACAGCUUGUGGCUGCUGACCAGAGGGGGAGGGGGAGCCAGGUGGUACCCAGGUCAGAUGGGCCAGCACCCAGUGUGUAAGGCAGGCCUGGAAUCCUGCAGCCCUCCCCCCAGGAAUGAGUCCACCACAAUCUCAUCUCACUCUUUCACAUCCGAAGCCAGCCUUAAGCAUCAUAUCAUCUCCUGUGCUUCCCACAGUAAGUGCCAACCUACUGGAUAAGUAGCCUUCAAGCGUGCUCUGGGAGCCCAAGGGGCCCCAGGCAAAGCCAGCUUCCACCUUCAACCACAGGGGCUCAACUCUGGUUUUCUACAUUGGCCUUACGCAUAAGAUAGUUUUCAAAAGAAGCAUUCCAUUAGAUACAAACUUUUAAAAAACAUUUCUUUUUGAGCACUGUUGUACAUGGCAAGGUCCCCUUACCACCUUUUGGUUAAAGGUGACAUUAGUCUCUGUCUCGGGGCCCAUGUGGAGAGCGGGCCUGUCAUCAGGCUCCAGAGGUUCCCCUCACAGGCCUCGGCUCAGAAGGCUGGAGCUGCGGCCUGGAACCCAGCCUUGCCAGCUCCUGCCCAUGUGAUCUGGGGCCUCUUGGAGCCUCAGUUUCCUCACCCAAGCAGUGACAGCCCUUUCCUCACAGGGUGGUCAUGAAGAUUCCAUGAUUCCUUAGCACGGUGCCUGGUACGUGGUAGGUGCUUAGUGUAACCCACAGCUCUCGUCACGAAUGAUGCUCUGACCCCGCUGGUCCAAGUCGGCAAGUCAUCCUCACAACAGCCUUUCCCCCAUCUGUGUAUAGCCCAUUACUGCUUACAAAAUGCUCUUCCAAAAAGUCAUCCUGCGUGGGAAAAAAAUGGUUUAAGUCCUUUCCAACUCUGCCUUGGAGGAGGCCUAGACCUCAAAGCCUCUUCAGAAUUCCCAUUAUGUUUCAUCCACGUGUGACCUGGGAACCGAGCUUCCCCCAAAGGGCCUUGUUUAGAUCGCUGAUCAUCAGAGCCAGCGCCCUGGGGUCCACAGGGUGUGUGCCAAAAGGACAAACAAGCAGGCCCUGCCAGUGGGCCCCAGAAUCCAGGAGUGUUCACACCCCAGCCCUGGUGCCUGAGGAUCUGGGUCAAGACCAGCUCUUCUAAUCCAGAGAUUUUUAGAUGAACAUUAUACGGGCCAGACAAAAGCACAACUGCUCUGUGGGUCCAGAGCCCACUGAAGGCCAAAUGCUCCUUCUCUCCAAACCUGUCCCACCCCUACUUCCACACAGGGCCUGCCCAGGGCUGCAGUUUUAGGGUCGGGGGGAAGGAACAUUGCUGCUCUAGGCUGAUCUCAUUUGAGAGUUGAAUGAAUAAGCAGACCCACAAAGACCAGGGCUGGUGUGGCAGUGUACCCACAAAGCAGAAGAAACCCAUCUGGAGGAAACCCGGAUGGGAAAUUUCUUCGAAAGCAUUUUUUUUAAAAAGCUUAUUUGGAUAUAUUCUGUUUCAAUUUUUAAAACUUUUAAAAUUAACAUACCAUAAAAUUAACUUUCUCCUACGUGAAGUCCUAUGUGUUUGAACACAUUUGUGUAACUACCUCCACCAUCAGGACCCAGAGCAGUUCCAUCACCCCCCAGACUCCCUCAUGCUGCCCUUUUGCAGGCAUACCUUUGUCCCACCCCAGUCUCUGGCAAACACCUGUCUCUUCUCCAACCCCACAGAUCUGUCUUUUCCAGAAUGUCACAUGGUCACAUGCAUUGAAUCAUAGAGGAUGUAUGUAACCUCCGGAGACCAGCUUCUUUCAGUACAAGGUCUUUAAGAGUCACACCUGCUGCUUUUUAUGGCUAGGUGGUAUUCCUGUAUGACGACACUACAGUUUGUUUUACAUUGACCCGCUGAAGGAUAUUUGGGUUGUUUCCAGUUUGGGGUGAUUUUGAAUCAAACUGCUAUAAUUAUUUGUGUAUAGGUUUUUGUGGGAACAUAAUUUUUCAUUUCUCUAGGGUAUAUACCUAGAAGCAAGAUUGCUCAGUCCUAUGGUAAAGAUUAUGUUUAACUUUUAAAAAUGACCAGACUUCCAGAGUAGCUAUACCGUUUUGCAUCCCACUCUGAGAGCUUCAGUUUCUUGCCAGUAUUUGAAACUUCCAAUAUUUUUUAUUUCAGCCAUUCUGAUAGGUGUGUGUUGUUAGCUCAUUGUGGUUUUAAGUUGCAUUUUCCUAAUGGUUAGUGAUGUUAAGAAAAGAGUCUAUUCAACUCUUUUACCCAUUUUUAAAUUGAGCUGUUUUCUCCCUAUUGAAUGUUGAGAAUUCUUUAUAUAUUCUGGAUACAAGUCCUUUAUCAGAUACAAAGAUUUUUAAAAUAUUUUUCCCCAGUGUGGCUUGUCUUUUCACUCUCUUAAAAGUGGCUUUUGCAGAGCAAAAGUUUUCAAUUUUGGUGAUAUGCUACUUACCGGUUUUUCCUUUUAUGGAUUGUUUUUUUGGUGUCUUGUGUAAGAACUUUGCCUAACCUCAGAUCACAAAGCUUUUCUCUAAUGUUUUAAAGUUUGAGAGUUAAAAUUUUUCACUUAUUUCUAUGAUUCUUUUGCAUAAGGUGUGAGGGGUAGUUUGAGGUUCGUAUUUUUUCCUGUCAACGUCCAGUGGUUUCCUUUGAUUGAAGACUGUCCUUUCUCCAUGGAGCUGCCUUUGCACCUUAGUGUGAGUCUGUUUUUGUACUUUCAUUCUGUUUGAUGUGUGUCUUUCUCUUCACCAAUACCACACCGUCUUGUUUACUGUAGCUACAAAGUUAAGUCUUAGAAUUGAAUGAUUUGAGUCCUCCAAUUUUCUUCUUUUUUAAAAAAAUUGUCUCGGUUUUUUUAGUUUCUUUGCCUCUCCAUAUAAAUUUUAGAAGCAACUUGUCUACAUCGACGACAACAACAAAAAUUCUGCUGGGAUUUCUAUUGAAAUUACAUUAAAUCUGUUGUCCAGUCCGGGGGAGAAUUAACAUCUUGACUUGAACUCUUCUGACCUGUGAGCACAGUGUGUCUCCCUGUUGAUUUAGGUCUUUGAUGUCUUUCAUCAGUGUUUUGUAGUUUUCAGCAUACAGAGCUUAUAUACUUUAUUACAGUUACACCUAAAUAUUUCAUUUGAAGGAGGGCAUCAUAAAAAUAUUUUUUUUUUCAACUUUGGUUUCCAAUUGUUCAUUGUUAGUCUAUAGAAGUACAAUUGAUUUUUGUGUAUUGACCUCGUAUCCUGUGACCCUGAUAAAUACACUUAUUCUAAGAGCAUAUUUGUAGAUUCCUUGGCUGUCUACGUGUAGACAGUCAUGUCGCCUGCAAAUAGAAAUAGUUUUAUUUCUUCCUUUUCCAUCUGAAUGCCUUUGGUUUCUUUUUUUAUUACACAGGCUGGGGACUUCCAGUAUGGUGAUGAGCACGAGUGGUGAGAACAGACGUUCUUGCCUUAUUCCUGACCUCAGAAAGUGUUCAGUCUUUGACAGUUAACUACGAUGUUAGCUAUAGGUUUUUCUUGUAGUUGCUCUUUAUUAGGUUAAGGAAGAGUUGGAAAGUAUUAUCUUCUCUUCUAGUCCCUGGAAGAGAUGUAUGAAUUGGUGUUAUUUCUUCUUUAAAUGUUUGGUAGACUUCAGCAGUGAAACCAUCUGGGCUUUUUUCAGAAGGAUUUAACAAUAAAUUCAAUUCCAUUCAUAGUUAAAGGAUUAUUCAAGUUAUCUGUUUCAUCUUGGGUGAGUUUUGGUAGUUUGUGAUUUUUGAGGAAUAGGUUAUUUCAUCCAACCAUCAGAUUUAUGCAUGUAGAGUUGUUUAUAGUGUCCCCUUAGCAUCUUUUUUAUCUGCAGGGUCUGCAGUAACAUCACCUUUUCAUUUUUCAUACUGAUCAUUUGUCUUCUGUAUUUCUUUGUUAGUCUGGCUAGAGGUUUAUCAAUUUUAAAAGAUCUUUUUAAAGAACUACUUACCUUGUAUUUUUAAUUUUCUCUAUUGUUCUUCUCUUUUCUAUUUCCUUGAUUUCUCCUCCUAAUUAUUUCCAUAGUUCUGCUUGCUUUGAGCUUAUUUUGUUCUUUUUUUGAAUUUCCUGGAAGGUGGAAACUUAGAUUAUUGAUUUGAGACCUGCAUCCCACAGAAAUCAAUAUGUUGCAUUUUCAAUCUUGUGCAUUUCAACACAUUUUCUAAUUUCCCUUGAAAUGUCCUUCUUUACCCAUGUGUUAUUUAGAAGUGUGUGGUUUAAAUUCUAAGUAUUUGGAAGUUCUACAACCAUCUUUCUGUUGCAGGUUUCUAGUUUAAUUCCAUCAGUCAGAGACCAUUCAUUGUAUGAUUUCAUUUCUUUUAAACUUACUAAUGUUUACUUAAUGAUGUAGGAUAUGGUCCGUCUUGGUAAAUGCUUCAUGUGCACUUGGGGGGAAAAGGGGGUUAUUUUGGAUGGAGUGUUCAGUAAAUGUCAAUUAGGACCAGUUGAUUGAUAAUGGUUUCAUUUCUCUUACACAGUUCCUGGUUUUCUGGUUACUUGUUCCAUGGAUUACCAAGAGGAGUGUUAAAGUAUCCAGCUAAAACUGGAUUUGCUUACAUCUCUUUUCAAUUCUAUUAAUUUUUGUUUCAUGUAUUUUGAAGCUUUGUUGUUAGGUGCUUCAUGAUUGGGAUUGUUAUGUCCUCACGGCGAACUGACCCUUUUAUGAACAUCCAGUGUCUCAUUAUCUUUCUUUAGCAAGUCUGUUCUGUCUGAUAUUAAUACAACCACCCCAGCUUUGUUUUAAGUAGUAUUUGCAUGAUGUAUCUUUUUACAUCCUUUUACUUUCAGCCUACCUAUAUUGUUAUAUUGAAAGUAGGUUUCUUGUAGACAGCAUAUAAUUGAGUCUUUUUUCAUAUAUCCAGUUUGUCCCUUAAUUGCUGUGUUUAGACCAAAAAUAUUGAUAUUUGGACUUAGGUCUACCAUUUUAUUGUUUUCUGUUUGUCCUCUCUGGUUUUCAUUCUUCUAUUUCCCUUUUCCUGCCUUCUUUUGGAUUAUUAAUAUUUUUAACUAUUCCAUUUAAUUUUGUAUAGUCUUUUUAGACAUUGCACUAGAGAUUAUAAUAUACAUGCUUAACUGUUCGUAAGCUGCUUAAAUUAAUAUCUUAUCACUCUCACUUCUGUUCAUACUAGAUAAUGUAUUAGUUUUCUCUUGCUGCCAUAACAAGUUACCACCAACUUAAGACAACACCUAUUUAUUACUUCACAAUUUCCGGAGGUCAGAAGUCUGGUUAGGUUUGACUGUCUUCUGCUUAGGGCCUCACAAGGCCAAAUUCAAGGGGUUUCAUAAGCCUGAAAUCCAGCAUAUUUUUCAAGCUUAUUGAGAUGGUUGACUUCAGUUCCUCGUGGUUGAAGAAGACCCCAUUUCCUUACUAACUUAGCUGGGGGCUGCUCUUUUCUCCUAGAAGUUUCCCACAUUCCUUUCAGUGCUUUCGUGGCCCCUCCAGCAAGAGCGGGUUGAGUCCCUCUCACACUUUAAAUACCUCUGACUCUCCUGCUGCAUCUCUGAGUCCAGCCAGAGAAAAAUCUCUGCUUUUAAGGAUUCAUGUGAGUAGACUAGGCCCACCCAACAAUCCAGCCCUGAUUUUUAAAGUCCAUAAACUCAAUUACAUCUGCAAAGUCUCUUUUAUCAUAAAAAGUAACGUUCACACUUUCCAAGGAAUAAGGCAUGGACGUGUUUGGCAGAGGUGAACAUACUGCGUAUCACAGACAAUUUCUACUGCUCUGUCUUCAAGUUCACAGCCUUUCCUCAGUCACCUCCAUUUUGCUACUGAGGCCAUCUAGUAUAUUUUCAAAUUUUGGUGAAUGUAUUUUCUUAGUGUUAAAUAUUCUAUUUGAUUAUUUUCUGUACCUUCUAUGCCUCUGCUGAGACUUUCUAUCUUUUCAUUUCUAAAGUCUUUUUCUGAUAAUUCCAAUAUUUGAUCAUCUCUGUGUUAAACUUUCUUGACUCUUUAUAUGUAAAGUAAUUUUGGAUUGAAUCCUGGACAUUUUAAAUAUUAUGUUAUGGGACUAGGUCUUGGGUAAUUCCUAUGGAAGGAUGUUGAGUUUUUGUUUUAGGAGGCAAUUGAUCCACUUAGGAUCAGUUCUGUUCUGCCUCCUAUAGGCUGUUAAAACAAUAGGCUCAAAAUGGAGUCACUUCUGCUAAGCCCCACUGCACCAAGCUGAGACUUAAUUGAAUUAUAGUUUUGGCUCUCCCAGAAGUAGAAUAUUAAACCAGUCAAUCAGGAAUCACCUCCUCAGCACUAGUUAGGUAAUCUGCCUGAUAGAUCCCUGCCAUCCCCUAAAGGAAAAUAACCUUGCGAUAACCAAGGCACUUUUUUGCCUAAGACAACUUCCUUGUUCUUGCUCCCUUCUGCAUAUGAAAGUCUUUCAUUCUGUAUAGCUCCUUGGAGCUCUUUCUGUUUGCCAGAUUGGAUGCUGCCCAAUUCAUAAAUCGUUGAAUAAAGCCUAUAAGAUCUUUAAAAUAUA